CAUUUUUACAUUUAUUUGAAUUUUAGGAGACCGAUACCUCUUUCCUCACCUGCAUACUAUAUGUAUACAGUACAAACAGAAAUCCACUUGUCAUCAUUCUUUGUUAAGUUUCCUCAUAUAUAUACAUAUUCAUAUUGAUAGGCACUACGAAAGAUAGGUACCUAGACAACAACAAACCCCAUUGAGAAGCAGAGAACAUAUUCAAAAAGAAAUGGGAAGAGCACCGUGCUGUGAUAAGACGGUGGUGAAGAAAGGGCCAUGGUCGCCGGAGGAAGACGCCAUGCUUAAGUUCUACAUUGAAAAACACGGCACCGGCAACAACUGGAUUCAGCUCCCUCACAAAAUCGGGAUCAAGAGAUGUGGAAAGAGUUGUCGUUUGAGAUGGCUUAAUUACUUGAGGCCUAACUUAAAGCAUGGAGGCUUCACUAAUGAAGAAGAUUACAUCAUUUGUAGCCUAUACAUUACAAUUGGAAGCAGGUGGUCUAUCAUUGCUUCACAAUUACCUGGAAGAACAGACAACGAUAUCAAGAACUACUGGAACACAAGGCUUAAAAAGAAGCUAAUAAGUAAGCAAGGGAAGGCAAUUCAUCAACAACUUAGUCUCAGACUCGAGCCAGAAACAAUAUCGAAAAGAUCAUCGUUUGGUCAAAACCAGAUCCUAAUGAUUCAUGAUGAGAAUUCGAAACCGCCGUUGAACCAAACCUUACACAACCAAAAGGCGGAUCCAUCAAUAACAUCCUUCGCCAUGGAAGAAAAAAGAAUGGACGUCAAAGAUCCGGUACUGGAAUUAUUUUCUUGGGAGCAAAACAGGGUUUGGUUUGAUAUUGAUCAUAAUGCAGCUUCGUCUUCUUAUCAUCAUCACGCAUCCCCACACUUGAACUCCAUGACUACUACUACUAGUAGUAGCAUUGGUACUAAUUCAUCUCUACAAAUGUCGCACUACACCAUAAAUAACAAUGAUCAGGGUGAUCAAGAGAUGUUCUUCAUGGCCGGGUUUGAUAAUCUUCAAAACGAGCUAUUCGAUGAGAUAAUCAAUAACAACACGGCAGAAUUCGAGUUUCGUGGAACGGAGACGCUGGACAAUAACUGCUUGGGUCAUGAAAUCAACUCCUUCGUUGAUUAUCCUCUAAAAGAUAAUGAGAGAUGAUUGAUUAAUGAUUUGUUAGAUACUGAAUAUUAUAUAUCUUAUAUGUUUACGUGUUAUCUUUUAGGAUGUUGAAGGUAUGAACAAUAAAACCCUAGUGUUUGUAACAUAUUUUUUGUUUGCCUUUUUGCAGUUUGAAUAAAUGAUAUCAUUUUGUUUUAUU